AUGCAAUUCCAAUGGCUUUUAGUUAUGUUCAUGUUCUUAUAUUUUACCUCAUUUGCUACAGCAUUCGCUGAUAAUAUUAUUCCUCGGUUACAUCCUCUGCAAGGCAGAAUCCGGCGACUGCCUGAGACAUCGGGGAAAUCCAUGUCGGAGGACUUUCAGACGAUUUAUUAUGAUCAAACCCUUGAUCAUUUCAACUAUAGGCCUGAAAGCUACACCACCUUCAAGCAAAGAUAUGUGAUCAAUUUUAAGUAUUGGGGUGGUGCCAAUGCUAGUGCACCAAUUUUUGCAUAUCUUGGAGCUGAAGCACCAAUUGACGAAGAUCUGGCAGGCAUUGGAUUUCUCACUGAGAAUGCUGCUCAGUUCAGUGCUCUUGUGGUAUUUAUAGAGCACCGAUUUUAUGGGAAAUCUGUACCAUUUGGAUCAUUUAUAAAAGCCUUAAAAAAUGCAAACGUUCGCGGCUAUUUCAACUCUGCUCAAGCUUUGGCAGAUUAUGCUGAAAUUCUCAUUUAUUUGAAGAAGAAAUUAUCUGCUCACUCUUCUCCUGUAAUAGUCAUUGGAGCAUCAUACGGGGGAAUGCUGGCUUCAUGGUUUCGGCUAAAAUAUCCCCAUGUUGCCUUGGGAGCUCUGGCAUCGUCAGCUCCAGUCCUUUACUUUGAUAAUAUAACACCACAGGAUGCAUACUUUUGGGUUGUCACCAAGGAUUUUAGGGAAGCUAGCGAGAGUUGCUACCAAACUAUAAGAGAAUCAUGGGGUGAAAUUGAUAAAGUGGCUUCGCUGCCAAAUGGUCUUUCAAUUCUUAGCCAAAGAUUCAACACUUGCUACCCCCUUAAAGAUUCUUCUGAGCUUAGAGAAUUCUUAAUCUCCAUAUAUGGUAAUGCCGCACAAUAUGAUGCACCGCCAGAAUAUCCAGUCAAUAUGAUAUGUGAUGCCAUAGAUGAAGGUCCUUUUGGAAAAGAUAUUCUCAGCAAAAUAUUUGCAGCUGUUGUUGCCUCUUCUGGUUCCAAUUCCAGUGCUUGCUAUGUUAAUCCACCCUAUACUCCAUCUGAAACAGAUUUGGGAUGGGAAUGGCAGACAUGUAGUGAGAUAGUGCACCCUGAAGGCAUACUCAAUAAUUCCAUGUUCCCUCCUGAUCCUUUUAUACUAAGCAGUCGUAUCAAGCAAUGCAAAUCCGAAUUUGGUGUUGUGCCUAGGCCUCAUUGGAUCACCACCUAUUAUGGAGGCCAUGAUAUAAAAUUAAUUCUCCAAAGGUUUGCUAGCAACAUUAUCUUCUCAAAUGGACUCAGAGAUCCUUUAAGUAGUGGAGGGGUACUACAGAACGUUUCUGAUACACUUCUUGCUGUUUACACAGUCAAUGGUUCUCAUGCAUUGGAUUUGCUUCGAGCAAAAGCAAGUGAUCCACAGUGGUUAAUCAUGCAACGAAAGACUGAGGUUGAGAUAAUUAAGGGAUGGAUAGCGAAGUACUAUGCUGAUCUUCUUGCCUAUAAACAUUAA